AUGAAGUUCACCGUUGCCGCCGUCGCUGCUUUCGCUACCCUCGCCGCUGCCAGCACCAGCCUCACCCCAGAGCAGCAGUGUGCCUCCAAGUGCGCCCUGACCGACAUCUGCUGCAAGGCCAUCUGCUUCAACGUUCCUUGCCCAUCCAACCAGAACGCCAACGACACCACCGAGUGUGCUGCCAAAUGCCCAACCAACCAGGGUCCUGAGGCCUUCGCUACCUGCCAGCAGGGCUGCAUCAAGUCCUACUUCUACACCCCAGGUGCCACUCCCACUGGUGCCACCAACACCACCCCAACCGGCAGCAGCACCGCUACCACCACCGGCUCCAGCCCAUCCGGCACCUCUGGCUCCGGCUCUCAGUCCUCGGGCUCUGGUUCCGGCUCCUCCCCAUCUGCCACCCAGUCUGGCUCCGGCUCUGCCCCAUCCCACUCCGGCAACGCUGCCGCCAGCAACGCCAAGUUCCAGCUCGGCUCUGCCGCUGGUGUUGUCGGUCUCAUCGCCGCUGCCUUUGCUCUCUAA